GAGUAUUACCGGCGGCUUUUGAGCAGCGAUGUCAAGCGGCAGAGAGUGAAGAUGACUCCUCCUCAGUACCAAUUUAUGUACCCUUACGAAGGAAGCGCCACCUUGCCCCUUGGAAAUGACUUCGGAUGGUUGUAUUCUCGAGGUCUUCUCACUCUUGUUUGCGUUUGGAUUGGAACGUCGUCGUUUUUUAACUCCUCAGCAGUAAAUGAGUUCAUGGAUUGAUGCUCCAUAGCCUGUGAUUUAUUUAAUUCAUUCUCGUAGAUGCAUUUGAGUUAAGAAUCGUAUGUAGAGAUUUUUGAUGAUACAACUACUUUUUGAUGUCUGAUACAAUAUGGAAGCAGACAAGAGUUAAGACCUAUGUAGAUUAGGAAUUGUUUUUUGUCGGGCCAUGAUUGGCUAUUUUUGAAUCAUCCUAGCAUGACAUUGUAAGAAGCCUUAUCAGUAUCUUGCCUGUAUGCUCUAAGAGACAUGUCGGGGGAGAGAACAUAUGAGUGGAAAUAUGAUCUACAUUCAUGUCAUAGUUGUUACUUUUUCUCUUUUGCUUUCAAUUAUAAAGAUCCAGGUGACCAAAGAAAUGCAAUUUCAAAUUAAUAGACAUGGCUUCAUUAUGUGUGGAUUGAUCUAGGCAUGCCAAAAGUUUCUUUUCUUGUGGCAUUGGACUCUGGGAGUGAUCUAUUCUGGGUUCCCUGUGAUUGUGUACAAUGUGCACCUUUAUCCUCAAAUUAUUACGGCAGUCUGGAUAAAAAUCUUAAUGAGUACAAUCCUUCUGGCUCUAGCACUAGCAAAUCCCUCUCGUGUAAUCAUCAAUUAUGUGAAUUGGGCUCUCAGUGUCCAAGUCCCGAGUUGCAAUGUCCAUAUGUUGUCAACUACUAUACGGACAAUACUUCAACUUCUGGAUUUCUGUUUGAAGACAUUCUUCAUCUAGUAUCAGAUCAUUCGGCCAUAUCCAAUGACUCUGUGAAGGCUCCUGUCAUUAUUGGAUGUGGUAGCAAACAAACUGGUAGUUACCUCAAUGGAGUUGCACCUGAUGGUCUUUUGGGUUUAGGGCUUGGAGAAAUUUCUGCCCCAAGUUUACUAGCGAAGGCUGGAUAUAUUCGAAACUCAUUUUCUCUAUGCUUCAAGGAAGAUGAUUCUGGGAGGCUUUUCUUAGGAGAUCAAGGAUUGGUUGACCAACAAACUACUCCAUUUUUGUCUUUGGACAGAAAAAAUUUAACUUAUAUUGUUGGAGUGGAUGCAUGCUGCAUUGAAAGAUCAUGCCUUGAUCAAACAAACUUCAUGAUGCUUGCUGACAGUGGGACAUCUUUUACAUUUCUUCCAGACAAAAUCUAUGAAAGAGUGGCCAGCGAGUUUGAUAGACAAAUCAAUGCUUCAAAAACUAUCUUUAAAGAUAAUCCAUGGGAAUAUUGCUAUAACUCCAGGUAUGUGUUUUGUAUUGAGUCCUGGUUACCAGUCAACCACUCGUUUUUUUGCCUUUACUACAGGCCUACAGCUGAACAUGUUAUCUAUUGCAGUUAUCAAGAGUUGCCUGAGAUUCCUUCAUUAACUCUGCAGUUUAAACCAUCCAGCAGUUUUGUGGUCAGCAAUCCUGUUUUUAAGAUCUAUGGCACUGAGGGUGCUGUUGGGUUUUGUUUGGCAAUACAACGGACGGAUGAAGAGCUUGGGAUUAUCGGUCAGAACUUCAUGACUGGAUACAAGAUUGUAUUUGAUAGGGAAAAUUUUAAGCUGGGCUGGUCACGUUCAAGUUGUGAGGUUCUCAGCGAUGGAGACAUGGUGCCGGGCAAUUCAUCAGGGAACAGAAACUCAUCCAAUUCGUCACCGCAGCAGAGUCCAGAUGUGGUUAGUGGACACACUCCUUCCAAAUCUUCAGCUAUGUGCUACUUCUUGUGUUUGGCAAAUCUCAUUGUCCUAAUUUUUCAUGGUGCAUAUGUCAUGAAUUUGUGAACAAUUUUGGGAGUUUCAAUAGUUUACAUACAUGUACAUUCUGUCUGAUUCAUAGGCCAUAGUAGUAGUGGUGGUGGUGGUAGUUUAUUUCCUUUUUUUGCACCACUCAUUUCACCAUCUUCUUCUAAAGUUUUGGGUGGUGAUGCACAGAAAUAUCUGUACUGCAUUUCUUUGCCCUUAUUUGUAUUUAUGAAGUCAUAAUACUAUUUUUUUUGAGAUAUGUUAGAUUUAGAUUUAGUUUAA